AUGUGCAAGGGUCCCCGGGGACCCCCAGCUGGGACCUUGCCCCCAUUCCAGCCCCUACAGAGGAGGACCCGGAGGCACCGAACCAUCUUCAGUGAGGAGCAGCUGCAGGCCUUGGAGGCCUUAUUCUUGCAGAACCAGUAUCCAGAUGUGGUGGCCCGUGAACAUCUGGCUAAUCGCAUCCAUCUCAAGGAGGAAAGAGUGGAGGUCUGGUUCAAAAACCGUCGUGCCAAGUGGCGGCAUCAGAAGCGGGCAUCAGCCUCAGCCCUCAUCCUUCAAGGUGCUAAGAAGUCCCCGAAGGAGGCCUGCAGCUCCUGA